AUAAAAGCCAACUGCACUUGGAUGUUUUGUCACUUGAAGAGCUUGUUGAGAUAUAACAAUGCUACGCAAGGGUAUUACGGAGAGCUUUGGAGCUGCUAUCCAUGCCCUCAACACCGCUCAGCUGACAGAUGGUGUAAUUAACAGGAGCAAAAGGAUGAUGCUGGACAACCUGGGGGUCGGACUGUUAGGAACCAGGACAGCCAUCUUCAACAAGGCUCUUAUGUACAGCCAGUUGUUCACAUCCGUGGAAAGAAGCAGCGUUUGGGGAAAAUCAGAGAUAACUCUCCCUCCUCAAUAUGCUGCGUUCGUCAAUGGCAUCGCAGUUCACUCCAUGGACUUUGACGACACUUGGCACCCUGCAACUCACCCAUCGGGAGCUGUCCUACCCGCCCUGCUGGCCCUAGCAGAGACGCUGCCCAGUCAGCCUUCUGGUCUGGACCUGCUGCUGGCCUUCAACGUCGGCAUCGAGGUGCAGGGCAGACUGUUGCAGUUCUCCAGAGAGGCCUACAACAUUCCUGAAAGAUUUCACCCUCCCAGCGUCGUUGGGGUGAUGGGGAGCGCCGCAGCCUCAGCUAAGCUCCUCGGUUUGUCCCCUGCACAGUGCAGUCAUGCUCUGGCUAUCGCAGCCUCCUCUGCUGGGGCUCCCUUGGCCAACGCCGCCACACAGACCAAACCUCUCCACAUAGGAAACGCUGCUCGGAGAGGCCUGGAGGCCGCUCAGCUGGCCCAGAUAGGACUGGAGGGAAAUCCAGCCAUACUGGAUGUUGACCACGGGUUUGGGGUUUACUACAAAGACUACAGCCCUUCAGCGAUGGCCCAUCCAGCUUCUGGUGCCUUUAAAUGGAUUCUGGAAGAGCAGGAUGUGGCGUUCAAGCGCAUCCCUGCUCAUCUGGGGAUGCACUGGGUCGUGGACGCGGCUCUGGCAGCCCGUGAAAAGCUUCAGAACACAAUCGGGAGCUUUGACCUCGGCCAAAUCCGGCGCGUCACACUCCGAGUACCUCCAUCCAAGUACGUUAACCGCCCCCUACCCGUCACAGAGCACCAAGCCAGGCACUCAUUUCAGUUCAACGCCUGUUCCGCUUUGCUGGAUGACAAAGUGACUGUGGCUUCCUUCAGCGAGGCUCAAAUCAACCGGCCGUCUCUGAAGGAGCUGCUGUCCAAAGUCGAGGUGGAGACGCCUCAAGAUAACCAACCCAGCUUUGACAAAAUGUACUGUGAGGUUGAGAUAGAAACAGAGCUGGGGCAGAGCUACGCAGACAGAUGUGAUACCUUUUAUGGCCACUGGAGGAAGCCACUGAGUCAGGAGCAUCUGGUGGAGAAGUUCUGCGUUAAUGCCUCUUCGGUGUUGUGCACAGAGGGCGUGGAGGGGGUGGUGGAUGUGAUAGGAAACAUUGAGAGGGUGAGAGAAUGCUCAGUGUUGGGUUUAUAUCUGAGAAUGACAAGUAAUGCACAGGAGCAGCGACAGAGCAUGAAGAUUUUCUGAAUACAUUGUGCUUGACAAAGCCAAAGUACCUGUGUGAAGUGUUGUAAUACUUUUAAUAACCUGAGAAUAUAAAUAAUCGUCUUGUAAAUACUUUGUACCUUCUGUGGCGCUUGGGUUUGAAAUAAAGUGAAUUGAAACGGUGAAA